AUGCUCGACAGAAUAGACGCUACUUCGAUCACAACAAUCCAACUCUACAACCAGCCUUUUAUUCGCGCGUUCGAAAUGACCCCCUCAUUGCCCACCUUCGUCCCCGCCACCCAGCUGCCACUUGCCAUCGACAAUGGCCGACUGGUGCUCCAAGACAUGCUCGGUGUCGGAGCUUAUGGCUCGGUCUACAGGGCCAUCGACACCCAGACACACCAAACCUACGCCGUCAAGAGCCUUAACAAGGCCGGACUCAACUCUCGCCAGUGCGCCUUCCAGAACCAUGAGGCACAACUCCAUGCAAAGGUGUCUGGUCACCCCAACAUCGUCACGUUACACAAGGUGGUCGAGGAGAACGACUGUCUGUACAUGGUUCUCGACUGCGGGAUGGAGGGUGACCUGUUCUAUACGAUCACCGAACGAGGCGGAUUUGUCGGCAACACCAUGGCCAUCAAGACGAUCUUUAGCCAGAUCGCCAGUGCAGUGCUCCACUGUCACUCCCGCGGCGUGUACCACCGCGACCUCAAGCCAGAAAACAUCAUCAUGUUCGGCCGUUCAGUAAAGCUAGUCGACUUUGGUCUCGCCACCACAGAACCCGUCUCGAGUGAGUUCGGUUGCGGGUCCACAUUCUAUUUGUCACCAGAAUGUCAAGGCGGCUUCAUCGAAUCGGUGAAAUCGUAUGACAGUGCAGCCAACGACGUCUGGUCAUUGGGCAUUAUCUUGAUCAACCUUACCUUUGGCCGGAAUCCCUGGAAGCAGGCGUGCCCUCGCGAUGAGACGUUUUCGGCGUACGCCCAACACAACGACUUUUUGCAGACUAUCCUCCCUAUGUCGACAGAACUAAACGAAAUCGUCAAAGGCGCGUUCUGUCUCAAUCCAAAGAAGCGCAUUACCCUUUCAGAACUGGCCCGACGCGUCCAAGCUUGCAGGUUCUUCACUACCCCCGAGUUUCCCUCCGAGGCGUCUGUAGUCUCUGCAGCCACCGCUGCCUCUCAGGCCUCAUUUUCGACCACAAUGUCAGGAGUCUACCCUACAUCGAAUUUGCAUGGUCCGGAUGACAAGGAGGACUCUGGAGUGGACCUCCAGUCAAUGGCAUGA